AUGGAUCUUGAAAUCUAUAUUAAUUAUCCAGAAGAAGAAAACACAAACGAAAUCUUGAAUAAUCAGAAAAUCUUAACUUUGGUCACUAACAUAGAACCUGAGGAUUUAAAUGAUGAUAAUAGUGAAGAAGACAAUAGUGCUGGAACAAUACCUUAUACAACAGGAUCUAA